AUGAAGCCGUUAUUUGAUGUCGAAGGCAUUGUACAACUAUUUCUGGGGAUGCGAUGCAAAGAUGUGUCCAAACUGUUUUCAAGUACAGUAUUUGAAGAAGCGUUUAAGGUAAAUCGAUCCCAUAUCUUACCAUGUUCAAAGGACGGUACUUCUGCAACGAUCUUCGACUUUGUUUACAAUCUUCUCAAGAAUUCUGGCGUGCAAAUUCCCGAGAAUACGACAACUCCAAACUGUACGAGUACGGACGUAUGGCUUCCCCAAGGAGAAAGCGUCGAAGCCCAUAUGGUCAACAAAGCUGGCAGGAUGUUCUUCGCAUAUGUCACGCCAAUAAUACUUUUUAUAGGCAUACUGGGAAACUGCCUAUCUCUAAAUGUCUUUUUAUCGAAGAACAUGCGUGGCUUGUCGGCAAGUACAUAUCUCGCAGCCAUUUCCAGUUCAGACCUCCUCACUCUAAUCUUCUACGUCAAUGUUGAAUGGUUAAGAAGGGGUUUGGUGUAUUUAAACUCUGAUGUACAGGUAAAAUUUUUGGAUACGACCGGUGUUUGUCAGUUUCAGCUAUAUAUGUCUUACGUUUCACGUUUCUUAUCUGCUUGGCUGGUCGUCGCAUUUACAGUGGAAAGGUAUAUUGGAGUGUGUCAUCCACUCAGGCGUAGGGAUAUCUGUACACCAAGCAGUACCCGUCGAAUUAUCAUAACGACCUCGUUUGUGGCAGUUCUGUUGGUUAUCUACAAACCUGUGUUGAGUGGUGUUCACAAUGGAUCCAGUGAAGGGCAUCCUUAUUGCACAAGUGAUCCUAGUCAUGACUUUCUAUCAUUUGUAUUAGAUAGCAUUUUCGCAGUGUUGAUAACACUUGUACCCUUUCUUUUCAUAACAGUUUUAAAUGUUCUUAUAAUCAGGAAACUAUUUAUCAGGAACAAACGACAGAAAGAAUGCAAGGUUGUGACUGAAGAAAGUGUGAUAAAGCUGGAAUUUACGGUCAUACUUUUGGCUAUUUCGUUUUGUUUCGUUGUGUUUAAUGUUCCAUUUUUUGCUGUGUGGUGUCGAAACUUUCUUCAUUCCAAAUAUGUCUACAAAUCCGUAGAACAAGACAUGAGUGACGACAUCGAGUAUUGGCAAGGUAUAUUGUACAUAACACGAACUAUUUUUUACAUGAAUUACUGUAUAAACUUUUUCCUUUACAGUAUUACCGGUGCUUACUUCCGUCGUGAAGUACGUAUGCUUUUUGUUUAUAGACCUUCAGAGUUACGUGGUUCAUACAGUAGAUGUUCUCGUAUCAACUCAAACUCACACACGCCCCAGUCGUGGGUUUGA